AUGUCACUCCCUACCACCGCCAACAAGCCCUCGCAAAUGUCCAUCCGAUCCUUCUUCCAGGCCAAACCGCCGCAAUACGCUCCGCCGCCUUCGAGCAAAAGCAACGGCUCGACCAUCUCCCUCGCGCCGGCGCCUCCUCCUCUCUCUUCAUCGCGAGCGUCACCUCCGGCGAAUCGAGACCAAGGCCAAGAUCAUAACAGUCAAGCCUCAAAACACCCCCGGCUCCCUCUCGAAGCAUCCAUCCGUCCCAUCACCACCGCCGACGUCAACGCCUUCCGCCGCCUCAACUCGCUGCUGCUCCCCGUCAGCUAUCCCGAGACCUUCUACAACCGCGCCGCCGACCCCGUCACCGGCCGCUUCUCACGCCUCAUCUCCUGGUCGCACCAGGGUGACGACCCCAAACCUGUUGGCGGCAUCGUCUGCCGUGUCGAGCCCGACGUCGACGCGCGCGCCGCCGGCUCCCAGGUCGUCCAGAAUAUCUACAUCCAGUCACUAUGCCUGCUGUCGCCAUACCGCUCCCUGGGCCUCGUCUCCGCCGCCCUCGACGACAUUGUCGCCGCUGCUGUCACCGACCCAACCCUCAACGUCCAGACCGUCACCGCCCAUGUCUGGACCGAGAACGAAGAGGGUUUACACUGGUAUGAGGCGCGCGGCUUCCGCAAGCAGGAGCCCGCCAUCCAGGGCUACUAUAUCAAGCUGCGCCCCGACUCGGCCUGGCUCGUCUCCAAGCCCGUCAGCGCCUCCGUCCUCAGCUCUCUCCCCUCUUCGGUGCCCCCGGUCUCUCGCCCCGACAUAUCUAGCACCACCGCUGCCGUGUUGAGCCUGCCGCCCAUGGCAAGCCAGCCCCCCGUCAGGCCACCUGCCAGAGUCGCAUCCGGCAAGUCGUUCCAGAACCAGCGGCCCGAGACGGAGUGGAAUGAUCUCCCUGCAGACAUGGCGCCGUCUCUCCUUGGGCCGCCGAAGAAUGGCAGCGAGCCGGGAUCCGGCGCAAGCUCCAGGAGCAGCUCCACCGUAAGAAGGAAGAAAGAUAGAUCAUACCCAGCUGCUGCAUUUGGACAGUGA